AUGAUUUCGACCUGGCAAGCACCCAAGGACUACCGCGAGCGUCCUGUAGUAGUUCUCGGUGGUGGUGUUUUGGGACGUCGCAUUGCCUGCAUUUGGGCAUCAGCAGGCUACAACGUCCACGUCCGUGACCCGAGCCCCGAGCAGCGCGCCGACUGCAUCACCUAUGUAAACGAAAAUGUCGCCUCAUAUGCAGUACACACCGGAGCCAAGCCUGGCCCCAUUACAGCAUUCGAGGAUCUGGCGCAGGCGAUCGAGAAUGCGUGGCUCGUUAUAGAGUGUGUUCCUGAGGUACUCCAACUCAAGAUCGACACCUUCGCAGAGCUGGAGAAACAUGCUCCGACAGACUGCAUUUUGGCAACCAACUCAUCCUCCUAUCGCUCCUCGGAAAUGCUGGAAAAAGUGUCGGAAGCAACCAAGUCCCGUAUCUUGAACAUGCAUUACUACAUGCCUCCACAGGUCAUGGUUGUGGAGCUGAUGACGGAUGGGCUUACAGAGCCGUCAAUCCUUCAAUUUAUGGCUGAGCGCUCGAAGGAAGUGGCCACUAAGCCCUACAUUGCGAGGAAGGAGUCUACUGGGUUCAUUUUCAACCGUCUGUGGGCGGCUGUUAAGCGCGAAACUCUAACGAUUCUGGCUGAGGAUGUUUCUACGCCAAGUGAGAUUGACUCUCUAUGGACUGAGAUGUUUAUAAAGGGGAAGACGCUGCCUUGCGAGAUGAUGGAUGCUGUCGGGCUUGACACCGUUGCUUUCAUCGAAAAGCAUUACGUCGCUGAACGAGGUCUUGAUACCGAGAAAACCGUCGACUUUCUCCAAACCAACUACCUUAGCCAAGGCAAACUGGGGAAUAAGUCAUCCAAAGGCGGGCUUUAUUCGCCAGCGGAAAAGUUUUGA